AUGAUGAAUUUGCAAAAUAUCGAGAUUCUUGAAACAGAAAAUGCAACUUCUCGUGACGCGUAUCAUUCUAUUGACAUUGAAGAGCAAGACGCGACUUUUUUGCCUACUUCCGAGUCCUUCGAUUCUAUCCAACAAAUAGAAGAAUCAGAUGAUGCUGAUAAAUCAAAUUCAAUUGAGAAUGCCUCAAUCAUGGAAACUAUAAUCGACCAAUCUAUUAUCACUCCAUCUGAAAAGAAAAAUAAUGCCGAAUUUUUCUUUCAUGCAUAUUUGGAAUCAAUUGGUGCAAUAAAUGUCGGUGAAGGUGUGUUAAGAAAAAGACCACGUGUUGUUAAAAGGAAAGCUUUAGAUUCUUCUACAAACUCUAAUGGAAAAAAGAAGGCAAAAAAAGCAAAUGAAGAUGAAAAUUGGACUCUCAACGGACGUGGAAAAAAAGUUCGAAAUGGAGAUGAUGAUUGGAAUGAUCAAGAUAAUGAUGAAGCGGCAGCUUAUGAUAUGGUUGGUCCAUAUGAUCCAUUCCGAUUAGUACCUCCACUCAACUAUACAUCAAGAAAUCCCGCACCUUUUCGUGUUUCAGUUUCCGCGAACGUUAUGCUCGUCAUGGAUUUUCACGCUCAUUUGGCACAUACGGAAAUAAUUGGUUUACUUGGUGGUCAUUUCUAUCCUGAACAAGAAAGCAUGGAAGUAACUUUCGUAUACCCUUGUAAGAGUGCAAGCACAGGAUUUCAGUGUGAAAUGGAUCCUGCCUCGGAAGUUGCUGCUAGAGAAGUAUUCGCCGAGAAAGGUCUAGAAUUUGUUGGAUGGUAUCAUUCUCACCCUACAUUUGAUCCUCAGCCUUCAAUUCGAGAUAUUGAAAACCAAACUCAGUAUCAGGUACAUAUUAUCGACAUUAUUGAUGUUAUUGAAAGUAAUUAUACACGAUUUAAUUUUUGA